CUGGCUGGCGGGCGGAGCCGGGCCCGCGGGGCUGCUGCGGUACGAUCGGGCCGGGCUGCGGGCGGCGCAAUGGGCUCACGGGUCCAGCCUGGGUUCCAGCCUCGCUGAGCAGACAGCCCCACGAGCUUCCUCCUGUGGAAGCUCCCCAGGCGCUGACCAUGUCUAUUAUGGACCACAGCCCCACCACUGGCGUGGUCACGGUCAUCGUCAUCCUCAUCGCCAUCGCUGCCCUGGGGGCCUUGAUCCUGGGAUGCUGGUGCUACCUGCGCCUGCAGCACAUCAGCCAGUCGGAAGACGAGGAGAGCAUCGUGGGCGAUGGCGAGACCAAGGAGCCCUUCCUGCUGGUGCAGUACUCCGCCAAGGGACCGUGCGGGGAGAGAAAGGCCAAGCUGACCCCACACGGCCCAGACGUCCACGGCUGAGCUGGGAUGCGGAGGCCCCGAGGCCUGUUUGCAGCCGCCUGAGAGGCAUGGGGAGGGGCGGAACCACAGACGUGCUGCUGGGGAAGGCUUGACACCUGCCGGCAUGGCCUGGCUGGG